AUCUCUCUCUUACCCAGGCCAGGUGGCCCUUUAAGAACUAGGGUUUCUGGUUUUCUUCAGAUUCCUACGGUUUUUUCAAUGCGAAUUUAACUUCAAUAACCGGAUUCCGUUGCCAUCUUUACUCCGAAGCUGUUUUUAAUUUGUAACCAGACGUGAUUAGUUGCUGCUGGGGAUUGGGGUGUCUGCAGACUUGUUUGAUACACAAUCAUCCAUCAACUCUGUGUUUUAUGGCUCUACUUCACUCAUCUGCUCUCUGUUUCGGUGCCAUUUCGUUAAAUUUUCGACCGUCUUCUUGGACGAAUCGGUUGUCAAGUUCAGCGGAUUCGAGACUGUCUAGUACUGUGAAAGCUUCCGGCUUGACAUUAACGCCAUUGACUCAUCCGUCGUCUCGGUUUUCUUCUCCACCUUGCACACGCCCAGGAAGAGUGCAGUCAAGUAUUCAGGAAUCACCUGAAACUGAUGAAUCCUCUCUUGUGGUCUGCUUUGGCGAAAUGCUAAUAGAUUUUGUCCCUACAAUAAGUGGACUUGCGUUAGCUGAAUCCCCUGCCUUUAAAAAGGCACCUGGUGGUGCACCUGCGAAUGUUGCUGUGGGUAUUGCCCGCCUUGGAGGUUCGUCUGCUUUCAUUGGGAAGGUUGGAGAAGAUGAGUUUGGUUACAUGCUUGCUGAAAUUCUAAAAGAAAACAAUGUGAAUAAUGAAGGAAUGCGCUUUGAUCCUGGUGCUCGUACUGCUUUAGCUUUUGUGACACUUAAAAAGGAUGGCGAACGUGAAUUCAUGUUUUAUCGCAAUCCUAGUGCUGAUAUGCUUCUAGAAGAAUCUGAACUUGAUCUAGAUUUAAUAAGAAAGGCAAAGAUUUUUCAUUAUGGUUCCAUCAGUUUGAUCACGGAACCAUGCAAAUCGGCUCAUAUUGCUGCCACAAAAGUUGCAAAGGACGCUGGUGUCCUUUUGUCUUAUGACCCCAAUCUGAGGCUUCCUUUGUGGCCAUCUGCAGAGAGUGCCAGGGAAGGAAUCUUGAGCAUAUGGGAUACAGCCGAUAUUAUCAAGAUAAGUGAAGAGGAGAUUGUUUUUCUGACAAACGGAGCAGAUCCAUAUGAUGAUGAAGUUGUCCGGAAAUUGUACCAUCCAAAUCUUAAGUUGCUACUUGUGACAGAAGGACCAGAUGGUUGCAGAUAUUACACCAAGGAGUUUAGUGGAAGAGUGAAAGGCUUGAAGGUGAAUCCUGUGGAUACAACAGGAGCUGGAGAUGCUUUUGUAGCUGGAGUCUUAUCAAAACUCGCUGCAGAUGUCUCAUUGCUGCAGGAUGAGAAUCGGCUACGAGAAGCGCUUAGGUUUGCAAAUGCUUGUGGUGCGAUUACUGUGACGGAGAGAGGUGCGAUUCCAGCAUUACCGACACGAGAAGCUGUUAUGAAUGCUCUGAUGGAGACUGUUGCAUAGUUGUAUAUUAAUCUCAUUUUUCCACGAGGGGUAAAUCGUGAUUUGUGGUAUUAUCUGAUUGAUAUAUACGGAUGAAGAAUGGCAGUAUGAGAGGUGGAUAAUAAAGUCAUUCCUUUGUUGUUUCAAACAAAAUGUGGUACUAUGCCAAUAACUACUCCAUGGCUAAAUUGGGA